AUGGCAACGUUGUUGGCAUUGCCAUCGACAGGCAGCAAAAUUGAAUUACCUGCGAAUUUGUUGCAAACGAGCAAUUUAACAAUGGCAGCGCUGAUGCAGAAUUUCGAUAUGGAAGAACUAUGGACCACGGUGCAAACUGUAAUGAUUCAGCAACGAGAGCUUGAUGAAUGGCUUACCGUUUUACUGAUAAUAGUGCCGUUAUUGGAUCAUUGCUUUAAUUUUUGUGAAACGUUGAUUGCACGUCAAGGCUACACCAUGGAAACGCAUCGUGUUGUUACGGAGGACAAUUAUAUUUUAACAAUGCAUCGUUUGCCGCGUGCAGGACACCAGCCCGUGUUACUUGUGCAUGGCUUAUAUGGUUCGGCCACUGAUUUUAUUAUUAUGGGUCGAAACAUUAGUUUGGCAUAUUUACUUUGGGAUGGGUAUUACGACGUUUGGUUAGCAAAUUGCCGUGGCAGCAAUAACUCGCAGCAACACCAAAAGCUCACAGUUGAUGAAUUGCUGUAUUGGAAUUUCAGUUUUCAAGAUAUUGGCAUGCAGGACUUGCCCGCCAUAAUCGAUUACAUACGCAGUAAUACUUCUUUUCAGUAUAUGCAUUAUGUGGGUCAUUCCCAAGGUGCAAGUGCAUUUCUCGUACUGGCCUCAAUGAAACCGGAGUAUAUUGAAAAGCUAGCGGUAGUCCAACUUUUAUCACCAAUGGCUUACUUUAAAAAUAUUCAGGUGGAGCAAAUGUAUUUACAGACAAUUGCAGACUUCUUAAAGGAAAAUAGUUCCCGAGAAAUACGCAACUUUUUACCACUCGGUAUAUUACGACAACUGAAUUGCCUUAGAAAUGAGUUCCUUGAAUUGACAUGCUUACAAAUGAUAUUUGAGUUAAUUGGAAAAGAUUUGGAGCAAUUAGAUUUAACAAAAUUGAAUAUAUUUUUCAAUCAGUAUCCAGCCGGUGGUUCCGUAAAGCAAUUGAGACAUUUUUACCAGAUAUAUAAAAGUGCCUCAUUUCAAGCCUAUGAUUAUGGACUCGAGGGAAACUAUGAUAAGUAUGGCACAGCUUUGCCAUUGCGUUAUAAUCUGUCCAAAAUAACUGCUCCAAUUUAUAUUUAUUACGGCUUGAAUGAUUUGUUAGUUAGUAAAGAAGAUGUCCUACUAUUAGCUGAGCAACUUCCAAAUUUGCAACAAUUAUAUUUGGUAGCUCAUAAAAAUUUUAACCAUUUGGACUUUAUAUGGGCUAAAGAUUUAAAAAAAUUAGUAAAUGAUCAGAUAUUAAAAGUUCUUAAGGAUUUCAACAAUAAAGUUUGA